AUGGCCCGCCCGUCGGCCACCGCCGCGCUCCUCCUCCUCCUCGUCCUCUCCCUCCUCGCCGUCGCGCACUGCCGCACCGUCGCAAUCGCAGCAGACCACGCCGCCGAGCCCGAAUCAACCGCCGCCGUUGCCGUCAGCGACGAGAAUGGGCUGUCGUCCAACCCCACGCUCCCCGCCGAGGCGGGCGCCAGCUCCACUGACGAGGAGGCCCUCCCGGUCCCGGCGGAGCAGCGGGAUGAUUUUGAAUUCCUCCGCCUGCCGUCCCACCGGCUCCACCGCCACCGCCCUUGCAGCCUCCACCACCACCUCUGGUGGAAGCGUCACCACGGCGUCUACCGUGACGCGCCGCGCAGGUUCCAUGACCAUUAUUCUGGCCACGGCGAGAAGCGCGAGGCGGUGAGCCACCUUGCCAUCUUGCCCGCAGCCGCAGAGGAGGCCAGGGAGGCGGAGGAGGUGAAGCCCGUGGCCGAGCCGGACCCGGAUCGUUCUCUCCCGGACAGUGACGGAGAGGGGGAGCUGGUGGGCAGGGAGCCGUUGUCGUUCGCCGACGCCGACGGGCACGACGACGAGCGCGCGGCAUCGGUCAUGGCGUGGAAGAAGGAGAUGCUGCGGAGGUGGUUCCACUUCCACUUCCACCACGGCAUGCGCCGCCACCGUCUCCACCACGUCCACCACGACGAGGAGGGCCAGGAGCUGGUGGAGGAGGAGGAGGAGGCUGCCCCAGAGGGCAUGAACAGGAAGCGGUUCCACUUCGUCCACCAUCAGCAUCACGACGAAGAGGAUGAGGAGAAGAAUAUGAUGAGGAAGCGGCUCCGUGACGCUGAGCACGGCGAGGACAGCGACGAGGAGGAUGAACAGGUGGAAGAGAUGGUCCGGCGGUUCAGGAAGGCGAUCAUGAAGAGGAGGUUCGGCCACGGCCACGGCCGCCGCUUCUUCCACCACGACCACAGGCACCGCCAUGCCGAGGAGGCCGAGAAGCAGGCGGGUGGAGAUGAGCAGAGCGGUGUGAUGGCUUGGAUCAAGGGCCUCAUGAACCGGUUCUAG